GUCAAAUAUGCUCCACAGCUUCCCUCCGUGUCAGUGAGUCCCUCUGGUGAGAUAAUGGAGGGCAGUUCAGUGAAUCUGACCUGCAGCAGUGAUGCUAACCCAGCAGCUAACUACACCUGGUACAAGGAGAAUGAAGACUCACCAAAAGCUGUAGGACCGGUCUUCAUCAUCACUGAAUCCAGAGCUGGACACAGUGGGAAUUAUUACUGUGAAGCCCAUAAUGGAAUAGGACGUCAGAACUCCACCUUACUUCUGAUUGUUGUGGCAGGAGCAUGGACAUCAACAGCUGUUGGAACAAGCCUUGCUGUAGUCUUUGUCAUCUUACUCCUUGUUGUAUUCAUCCUGAUAAGAAAAAAGAGAGCCUCAAAGCGAUCAGCUGAGAUUGGAGAGACAGCAGGUGACACCCAGGAACAGUGCCUUCCUCCUCAGAGCACUCAAGAGGAGCAGGACCUUCAUUAUUCCAUUGUUCAGUUCAUCACAAACCCAGAGCCAGAGUCUCUCUACUCCUGCGUCAGACCAGUUCAACCAAAGCCUCUCUACUCCUGCGUCAGACCAGUUCAACAACACGGACACCAGCAGCAAGAGGAUCCGAAUGUUGUAUAUGCCGCUGUCACUAUUAACAAGCCCACUUCUGCCCUGAGCUGAGCAGGAUGGGAGCGUUUCUGCAACAAUUAGAAAUAGUGAAUCUGCAGCUUUGUAUUUACAUGAAACGUGUUGUAUAUUUAAGCAAAUAACUGAUGUAAUA